GGGCGCUCUGCUUCGAACCACCCUACUCGGCCUUACGGGAGCGAGCUCCCAGGGUCCGGCCCACGGCCCGACCCCUGAGCCUGAGAGGAGAGCCCUCCUAGACCCUCUGAUCUUCUGGAACGGACCCCGCCUGUGACUGUUCAGCUCGCUCUUAGGGGAGGAGGGCCCCCAGAGCUCGGACUUUGGGCGGGGCUUGAGGAAGGGGCCCCGGGACCUCUGACCCCCGUCCGGACGGCUAGGGCAAGGAUCUCCGCUGGGUCUAACGCUCUGACCUCUGACCCAGGGACCAUCGGCUGCCGGGAGGUCCCGAGCUGCUGCAGACUGAGCAGCGAACAGAGAGGUCAGGACCCAGAACGAUCUCUGAAAUGGGCACACGGAGGAUGGCCGUGACAGGAGGAUCCGAGGGAGCGGUCACAGCGAGGCCAGCAGGCAUGCAGCGUGGUCUGGGCGCCAGAGCCCCCUUCCCAGCCAGAGGUUGCCAGUACCCGACAGUGUGCUGCACAUGUUCCCUGGCACUGAGGAGGGGCCUAUGGAUGAUAGUGCAAAACAUGGGGGCCGGGUGCGCACAUUUCCCCACGAGCGUGGCAACUGGGCCACCCAUGUCUACGUACCUUAUGAAGCCAGGGAGGAGUUCCUGGACCUGCUUGACGCACUGCUGUGCCACGCGCAGACAUAUGUCCCCCGGCUAGUGAGGAUGGAAGCCUUCCACCUCAGCCUGUCCCAGAGCGUGGUUCUGCGCCACCACUGGAUCCUCCCCUUCGUGCAGUCUCUGAAAGACCGAGUGGCCUCCUUCCAGAGAUUCUGCUUUACCGCCGACAGGGUAAAGAUUUACACCAAUCAAGAGAAAACCAGGACCUUUGUUGGGCUGGAGGUCACCUCAGGGCACGCCCACUUCCUGGACCUGGUUGCAGAGGUAGACAGGGUCAUGGAGGAGUUUGACCUCAGCACUUUCUACCAGGACCCCUCCUUCCACAUCAGCCUGGCCUGGUGCGUGGGUGACGCGUGUCUACAGAUGGAAGGGCCAUGCCUGCAGGAACUACAGGGAAUCGUGGAUGAGUUUGAAGACUCUGAGAUGCUGCUGCGUGCAUAUGCCGAGCAGAUCCGCUGCAAGUCUGGGAACAAAUUCUUCUCGAUGCCUUUGAAGUGAGCACCAGAGGUCCUCAUUGUCCUGGGCCCCUCUGCAGCCAGAGAUGGAAGAACCCACUCAGAUCGCUGGGGAUGCUGCCAGCCCUCCACUGGGGGGCCUGGCCGGAGGAGGCGCAGCUGCUCCAGGUGCUCUCCGGGAGCUGGUUCUCUUUUGGCCCCUUUGGGUUGCAGGUCGGGUACUGCUGCAUUGUGGUCUUUCCCAGAAAUCACCAGUAGAGGGCAGCCUGGGCUUCCUAGUUCUAGGUCUGUGGUGGUUAUGCAAAAAAGCAAAACAAAACAAAAAAUAGGGGUCACCUGGUGAGCCCACCCAUACUCAGCCAGAACCCCCAUGGUAGUCCCGCCAACAAAUGGCCCCUCCCCCACACCCCCUUGGGCUGUCUGCAUUUGGAUGCCACUGGCCCCCAGACGAGGGCUUUUCAAAGCCAUCAUGCUCUGUCUCAUCUCGGCUCAGGCCUGACAAAGGGUGUUUCCGCAGGCCUGUCAUGCGCCCUGCUUGAAGCAGUGUCGCUUUUAUUUAUUUAUUUUUAGUCUCACCCCCUCCUAUGCCAGUGGAGGCCAUCUCAGGGCCAAGGCCCAGGGUGCUAAUUUGUGGUUUAGCAUCAGUUUUCUCCAUUCCUUCCUCCCACUCACCCCCAGCCAGGUGCUUGGGGAGACUUGAGCAGAUGUUUCAUCUUGGCCUGACUGAUGGCUUUAAGCCAGGCCUCCAACGCUCUGACCUCUGGCUUCCCAUCAGCUUCCCAAAGAAGCCGAGGCGCCUUCCCCAGGCAGAGCUCUCUUUCUGCCGCCUCCGGCUGCCUGCUGCGGCCGGCGGGCAUUCCGGGGGCACUCGGAGGAAGGGCCAGGGCUUGCACAGGGGUUUCUGUUUUCCUUGAGCCCUCACCAGAGCCAAGGGCCAGUCCUCUCUCCAGCUGCCACCUGGGUUUCUAGUGAUGGUGGAAGAAACGCUUUUAGUUUAUGUUCAGCAAAUAAAACUUAGGGUUUUUAUUUUGGA